AUGGCAUGAAAAUGCGACAAGGACCCUUGUUAAAAUACGCUCACGUGUAUCUUAAUGUGUAGCCGUGUAAAAAUCAAGUUAUAUGUUUUAUAAGUGUCGGUGACUACUUACAUUUUCAGAAUGAGCUCCCAGAUUACGUGCGUGGGCUGGGUGAGACGCGGCGUAGCGAAGGAAAAACCAGAGAAGGUCGAGUUGAGCCAGGACGAGCUUAAGCGCAUCAUUACUGAAGCAAAAGAAGAGUUGGGGGAACUAGCAGGUGGUGAUGAUGAAGAAGAUGAAGGCGUGCCUCCCGAGCCUGAGCCCACCAAUGAAACGGAUGAUCGUGCUGAUUUGACUUCUAAGAAUGAAAAUGAAGGAGAAGAGGAUGAUGAGCUUGCAGAGUAUGGCCUGGAUAAAUACGAUGAAGAGGACACAGUGACCUCUAACCUUGGCGACAGUCUGGCUGGGCUCACAGUGUUCAGCUCGAAUGAAGAGGAUCCCUACAUCACCAUCAAAGACACAGAUCAGUAUGAACGAGAAGACUUUCAGAUCAAACCCACUGACAACCUCAUUCUGGCGGGAAAAGCAGAGAAGGACUGCUGCAAUUUAGAGGUCUACAUCUACAACUCUGAAGAGGACUCUCUGUAUGUGCAUCAUGAUAUUCUGCUGCCAGCCUACCCACUGUGUCUAGAGUGGUUGGACUUUGACCCCAACCCUGAAGAACGUCCAUCAAACUAUGUUGCCGUGGGCAACAUGACUCCUCAGAUUGAUGUGUGGGAUCUGGAUGUGGUGGACUGUUUAGAGCCUGUCUUCUCUCUGGGAAGCAAAAAGGCCUCCAAGAAGAAGAAGAGUAAGAAGGGUGCAGCAGCCAAGCCUGUGGAGGGACACACUGAUGCAGUGCUGGAUUUAUCCUGGAACAAGCUGGUCAGGAAUGUGUUAGCCAGUGGAUCUGCAGAUGACACGGUUAUCCUGUGGGAUCUUUCUCAGUGCAAACCAGCUACAACUCUGCAGAGGCACACUGAUAAGGUCCAGACGUUAACAUUCCACCCUUUUGAGGCACAGACUUUGUUAUCAGGAUCUUACGACAAGACAGCUGUCCUUUACGACUGCCGCAGUCCAGACACCAGCUACCGAACAUGGAGGUUUAGCGGCCAAGUGGAGCGCCUAAUCUGGAACCACUUUUCACCUUGCAACUUCCUGGCUAGCACCGAGGACGGAUUUGUUUACUGCCUGGAUGCACGCUCAGAUAAACCGGUGUUCACUUUGAGGGCCCACGAUGAAGAAGUGUCAGGUUUGGACCUCAGCAGCCAGAUUAAAGGAUGCCUUGUCACCUCCUCUGCUGACAAACAUGUAAAGAUUUGGGACAUUUUAAGCAACAAACCCAACCUGGUGCACUCUCGAGAUAUGAAGAUGGGGGUGCUGUUCUGUGCGUCGUGUUGCCCUGACCUUCCCUUCGUCUACGCCUUCGGGGGACAGAAAGAUGGCCUCCGACUUUGGGAUAUAAGUGACGUUGCUGCAGUGACUGAGGUGUUUGGGAGUCGAGAACGCUUGGUGGCGAACACGGGAUCACAAGCUUCCAGCAGUGCAGCUGCAGCAGACAUGGAAAUCUCCUAGUGUUGCUCGGUGUGCAGCAACAAUUUAAAACACAAAUAAACUGAUCCACUAUAGGAGCUCAUCAGGCUUCCCUCCCGUGUCUCUGGGCAUCAGAGAAAGGACAGAAAUAGAUAACAAGCGGACUGUUUAACAAGUGUAGAAAAAAAGACUUCAGCUUUUCCUGCAAACACAGUUUCUUUAAUAUUCAUAUAUGUAAUAGUGUAUUUUCACUUGUAAGUACUACUUACAACAUGUAUAUCUUGAACAUAUUCUAUAUUGUGAUUUAAAUUUAUCAAUUUGCCUUAAUUAUACUGAAAUUAUUUUCAUUUAACAAAUAACCAAGAAAGUUGUUUAAUUUGUGAUUUGUUACUGCUUUCUAGUUUGUUAUUUGUAAAAGGAAGAAAAAAGCAAUCACAAUAACAAGGAAAAAGUGUCAAAUAUUCAAUAAAUAAAUGCAGUUUCAUCAGA